ACCAAAAGAAGAAGAAGACUGCUCUGUCGAAUACUGUCACCUGGCUAGCUCAGCGUAGUAGCCAGCUAGCUAGUUAUAUUUGGAACCACGGGACAGCGGGUGUGUGCUUCUCAACAGUUAGGCGAACGAAGGACCUGUCAGCGUAUCCCCGAAUAUACUUCCUUCUAGCCAUUCUUGCUAGAAAACACUCCAGAGUAGUAAGCCAUGCAGCGUCUGUACCUACUCCUGCUGCCUGCACUGCUGUUGCUGCUGGUCCUGCCAGUCUCCAGGGGGCGCUACAACGACGACUUUGAGGAUGGAGAGGACCAGGCAGAAUUCGAUGACAACGACUUUGCUGAGUUUGAGGAUGCAAAUGAGGACGCCACAAUUGAGACGGAAACGGCUCCUCCGCUGCGGGCUUCCCCGUCUGCGCUUCCCGCUGAGGACGAUGAAGACGAGGCCACGGUGGAGCUUGAGGAUGGCCAGGACGGCUUUGAGGACUCAGAGAUACAGGACCAAGACAUAUAUAGCAAAUAUGAUCAAGAGGAGUUUGAGGGCAUCGAGGACAUGGAGAAGACCAGCCCUUCGUUCAAGGACCCCCUCAUCAUUCAUACGGUUCCCGCCCAUUUGCAGAACAGCUGGGAGAGCUACUACAUGGAGAUCCUGAUGGUGACAGGCCUGCUGGCCUACAUCAUGAACUACAUCAUCGGCAAGAACAAGAACAGUCGUCUGGCCCAGGCCUGGUUCAACUCCCACAGAGAACUUCUAGAGAGCAACUUUGCCCUCGUGGGUGACGAUGGUACCAACAAAGAGGCUGUGAGCACUGGGAAGCUCAACCAGGAAAACGAGCACAUCUACAACCUGUGGUGCUCUGGACGCGUGUGCUGCGAGGGCAUGCUCAUCCAGCUCAAGUUCCUGAAGAGGCAGGACCUGCUUAAUGUGCUGGCCAGAAUGAUGAGGCCAGUCUGUGAUCAAGUGCAAAUUAAAGUAACUCUGAAUGACGAGGAUAUGGACACGUUUGUGUUCGCUGUGGGCACCAAGAAGGCCAUGGCGAAGAUGCAGAAGGAUAUGCAGGACCUGAGUGAGUUCUGCAGUGACAAGCCCAAGUCAGGGUCUAAGUAUGGCCUUCCUGAGUCCCUGGCCAUUAUUUCAGAGAUGGGCGAAGUCACAGAUGGUGUGAUGGACAGCAAGAUGGUACACUAUGUCACCAACCAUGCUGACAAGAUCGAGUCCAUCCACUUCUCGGACCAAUUUUCUGGUCCAAAAGUUAUGCAAGAGGAGGGUCAACCCUUUAAACUGCCUGAAACAAAGAAGACUCUGCUGUUUACAUUUAAUGUGCCUGGCAUGGGCAACACGUCUCCCAAAGACAUGGACUCUCUGCUCCCACUCAUGAACAUGGUGAUCUACAGCAUUGACAAGGUCAAGAAGCUCCGCCUCAAUAGGGAGGGCAAGCAGAAGGCUGACAAAAACCGUGCCCGUGUGGAGGAGAACUUCCUGAAGCAGACCCACACUCAGCGUCAAGAGGCGGCCCAGACUCGCCGGGAGGAGAAGAAGAGGGCGGAGAAGGAGCGCAUCAUGAAUGAGGAGGACCCGGAGAGACAGCGCCGUUUGGAGGAGGCUGCUCAGCGCCGUGAGCAGAAGAAAAUAGAGAAGAAGCAGAUGAAGAUGAAGCAAAUCAAAGUGAAAGCCAUGUGAAGAGAACUAGCAGACACACACACACACAGACAUGCAGAUACAGGGAUACAAGCACACACACACACACACACAGUGCUCAGCUCAGAUGGUUUCUACAGCUUCUAUACAUCUCUCUCUCCAGCAGCCAGCUCUUCACUCUUCAUGGGCGUGUCAGGCUGAAUGGGUUAUGUUCCCAUGGAAACGCCUGUUCCAAUCAGGGUAGAUUGUUGUAGGUGUUGAUUGAACUGCUGGGGUGGCAUUGAAGAUAAGUUAUAUUUCACAUCUUUAGCCAGGACAAUUAAUGCCAACUUCCUAUGCUUGAUUUCAUCUUCCUCCCAAUUCUGCAAAGCAACACUGCUCAAGGAGCUUUUUUUAAAUUGAAUCUACAGGGAUGGGAUUCACCUUUUUGUGGUAAUAAAACAAAAACAUUAUUUUACAGGAAUGAA